UCCGCGCGUGCGCAGUGGCCGCCUGCGGUCGCGCGCUGGGUCACGAGCACCAGAGACGCACGAGCGCGCGCAGCAGCAGCGGAGCUCAGCGAUCAUUCAGCAGGAUUAACACUGAAUCAUGAGCGUGGGAAAACUGGUGGUGUGUGUGCUGGCGCUGGCUGUGUGUGAGGCGUACGUGUUCCAGGCCGGUCAGUCGUCAGGAGAAGUGGACGACGCUCCUCCACCAAUCAGAGAUUUCUCAGGGUCGUGUCAGGGUCGUUGUUUCGAGCUGAAGGAGGCGGAGCCACCGAGCUGCAGGUGUGAUAAUCUGUGUAAGACGUACCUGAGCUGCUGUUCUGACUUCGACCAGCAGUGUCUGAAAACAGCGGGAGGGUUCGAGUGUUCGCAGCAGCGCUGUGGAGAGAUCCGGAACGAGAAUAACGCCUGUCAGUGUUCAGACGACUGUCUACAGAGAGGAGACUGCUGUACCAACUACAGAUCACUGUGCAGCGACGAGAGCUCGUGGCUGGAGGGCGACUGUGAGGAGAUUCAGAGCCCAGAAUGCCCUGCAGGGUUUGUUCGUCCUCCUCUGAUCAUCUUGUCUCUGGACGGCUUCCGCUCCUCUUACAUGAAGAAAGGAAAGAGCGUUUUACCCAACAUCCACAAACUGACCUCGUGUGGAACUCACGCCCCUCGUAUGAGACCCAUGUACCCGUCCAAAACCUUCCCAAACCUCUACACGCUGGCCACGGGUUUGUAUCCCGAGUCUCAUGGGAUCGUGUGCAACUCCAUGUAUGAUCCCGUGUUCAAAGCUCAUUUCCGACUGAGAGGCCGAGAGAAGCUCAAUCACCGCUGGUGGGGGGGGCAGCCCAUUUGGAUCACGGCAGAGAAACAGGGCGUGAAAGCCGGAACUUUCUUCUGGCCCUGGGUGAUUCCUCUGGAGAGGAGGAUUCUCACUAUUCUGCAGUGGCUGCACCUGCCUGAUGACGAGAGGCCGUAUGUCUACGCUGUCCACUCAGAACAGCCGGAUACUUACGGACACAUCUUGGGCCCGCUGAGCAACGAGCUGGAUAACACGCUCAGGAAGAUCGAUAACAUCAUCGGUCAGCUGAUGAACGGGCUGAAACAGAUGAACCUCCAUCGCUGUGUGAACUUCAUGCUGGUGGGCGAUCACGGGAUGGAGGAAUCUCACUGUGAACGAACAGAGUAUUUGGGCUCUUAUGGACUCGAUGUUGAUGCCAUCACAUUAACACCAGGAUCCUCCGGUAGAAUCGGCCCUAAAACUGCCAACACACCAUACAAUCCGAAGGAGAUUGUAGCUAAUUUAACAUGUAAGAUGCCCAAUCAGCACUUCAAGCCGUACCUGAAGCAGCACCUGCCCAAACGCCUGCACUACGCCAACAACAGACGCAUCGAGGACGUGCACCUGCUCAUGGACCGCAAGUGGCACGUGGCCAUAACACCUGCUACCUGCGGCUACUUUGGAGAUCACGGGUUUGACAACAAGAUCAGCAGCAUGCAGACGAUCUUUAUGGGAUUUGGACCGAGCUUCAAUUUCAAGACACAAGUGCCUGUUUUUGAGAACAUUGAACUGUAUAACGUCAUGUGUGAUCUUCUGGGUUUGACUCCGGCACCUAAUAACGGGACACACGGCAGUCUGAAUGACAUGUUGAGAAACCCUACAUAUACUCCUACUCAGCCAGAGGAAGUGACAUCACCAACGCCUUUAGCCCCGCCCUCUGAAGUGACCUAUGACCUGAGCUGUAACUGUGAUGAUGAGAACAACAUUGAAGAAAGUUCUCAGACGUUUCCUCCUGCGGCCGAUGGACCAUCGAACAACGUCACACACCUGCCGUUCGGUCGUCCAGCUGUUCUCUUCCAGACGUCGUACACACUGCUGUGUCAGUCCGAUUAUUGCAGCGGCUUCAGUCACGCCAUCAACAUGCCGUUGUGGAGCGAGUUCACGCUGACAGCACAGGUGGAGGUGGCGGCGGUGUCGUCCAGCGAGUGUGUGAGAGCAGAUCCUCGUCUCGAUCUCACACACACAUGCAACACGUACAGCCAGGAGUCCGGCGUCACACACGCGUUCCUCUACCCGCCGGAUUUCUCUGUUACGGCUGAAUCCAGAUAUGAUGCUUCUCUGAUCACGAACACAGUUCCCAUGUAUCCUGCCUUCAAGAAGGUGUGGCGUCACCUGCAGAGAGUCGUGCUCAGGCGAUACAGUCAGGAGAAUAAUGGUGUGAAUGUGAUCAUGGGACCCAUAUUUGAUCACGACCACGACGGACUGAGAGACACGGAGGAGACGAUUAAAGAGCAUGCGGUCGGCUCCGUCUCCAUCCCCACGCACUUCUACAGCCUCAUCAUCAGCUGUGAGGAGCUCAACGGCACACUGGACGAGUGUGAUGGAGGACUGAGAGUCACGAGCUUCAUUCUGCCUCACAGAGAGGACAACAGCGAGAGCUGCAACAGCGCUGAGGACGAGUCCCGCUGGGUGGAGGAGCUGCUGCAGUUACACACCGCACGCGUGCGGGACGUGGAGCUGCUCACGGGCCUGGACUUCUGCCGCUCCACCGGCCUGCCGUACACACGCGUGCUGGCGCUCAAAACACACAUGAGGACCUUCGAGGACGACGGCUGACGGACCGCCUCACACCCCCCGCACCUGACGCUGUCACUGUAUAGUUUUAUACACUGUGUCAUAUUUAUUAUUCACCUAAGAGCUAA